AUGCCUGGCCGAACAUCAGAUCGUUUCCAAGCCCUCGUCCAGGCGCUGAGCGACAAGCUUGGUCCUUGUAGUGGUAUCAACAGUGACGAUGUCGACGAGAAGGAGCUCCAGAAGUUGAUGGAGGACUAUGUCUCGGACGAGUCAGAAUGGGAGGUGUAUUCUAUGGCGCAGCCUAACACAGCAUACACGCGGAAUCUGGUGGACAAGGGCAACGGCAAGAGCAAUUUGCUUCUCUUAGUGUGGGCCCCCGGAAGGGGGAGCCCCAUCCAUGACCAUGCCAACGCCCACUGCAUCAUGAAGAUCCUCAAGGGCAGCCUCACCGAGACACGCUACGCAUGGCCCACGGUCAACCUCAACAACUCUGAGGAUCACCACAUGCAGGUCAUCUCCGAAAAGACAUACCAGGCCGACCAGGUUACGUACAUGUCUGACAAGCUUGGGCUGCACCGCAUCUCAAACCCAGAUAAGGAAAACUAUGCUGUCUCGUUGCAUUUGUACACUCCACCAAACGCAGCCGUCUAUGGCUGCAACGUCUUCAACGAAGCAAACGGUCACUCGACGCACAUGGCUAGGUGCACGGUGUUCUCUGAGUACGGAGUCCGCGAGGCACGAUCUUAG